GGCGUCGCUUCUCUCUGUGAGAACUGACCGACAUGGCGGUGGUCACCAUAGCCUUCUUCUCCUCUGCCUCCUCCUUCUCCGCUCUGGUGCGCCGGGGCUGGACGCCACUGAGGCGGUGGCGAUCCCUCACGCGCAGCGCCAGCAGUUCCCCUCGCAACGCCGACAGAUAUGCAGCGGUGAUCGGGGAGUUUUCCUCCGCGCUCCUUCCUUCUCCUCCUCGUCCUCCUCGUCCUCCUCGUCCUCCUCGUCCUCCUCGUCCUCGUUCUCCUCCUCGUCCUCCUCGAUCGCCUCACGCUGUGGCUGGGAGCGCGCGCCGCACUCGGCGGGCGAAAAGGGCGCGAAACGCCUGAGGGCUCGGCUCGGCUCGGCUCCCCUCAGGAUCGCCUCAGGAGAUCCAAAGCGCCGGUGCUGAAACCACUGUCUUUGCUCUGUAUUUUCAGAUCUGAAAAGGUGAGGAAGCUGAACAGUUACUGAAAUAGGCCUCUGACCCCUUGGAUAUUCUGUAUAGCGAGAAUUGAUUCUGCCCGUUUUGCCACAAACAGCUGUAUUUCUGGACCGAUGCCUGCUUCUGUUCUCUGCCAGUAUUACCAAACACUCUGAAAGUGUCAGAAUAAAUAAAACUCUCUCAUACCAUCUUCGUAGUGUUAGAAAUGAAGGCAUUACUUUAUUUCUGGCCCAAGGUGUGUGUGAAAGACUGAAAGAAUCCCAGUCCCCACACAGGCACCAAUAAUAGCCUUUUUUAUCUGCUUUUACAUUUUAGAAAACAAAGAGAUAAUUGAUAAUUGGUUCUAAAUUACGUAAUUCCUCAGUUCCUAUUCUACCUUCUUUUGGCUAUUAAUUUCUCCUUUUCUAUAACAGUUAGUCCAUAUCUGGAGUCUUUUUAGUGUCUUGCCCUCUGGUGGUGUUUUUCCAGCACAAAUACUAAACCUUUUUUCUUAUUAUUAUUUGUGUUCUGUCUUUCUGGAUGUCCAGCUUCAACAGUAUAUUUUUUUUCCCAGGCUUUGCUCAUUGAAGCACAUCAAGAAAAGAAAUUGCAUGGACAUAGGAAAAGGAUGUGUGUGUCAGAGCAGGAGUCUGCCCCAUUCCAGGCACGAGCAAAAAGCUGUCACGUUUGUGUUGUGUGAACAACUGACUUGCCUAAGUAUGACGGUCAUUGCUGUCAGAGAUGAAGUUCCAAACAGAGAAGAAAGCAGAAUUUGAGGACCUGAUAGAAUUUUGACAACAGGAAUUCAAUUCAUCUCUUCUGAGUAAAUGAAGAAAGUGACUAUGAAAGCACACCAUCUUCCUUCUGUUUUCAUCAAUGAGGAGAAGUUCAUAACCAGAGAGCAGCUCAGUUUUCUUCUGAAGAAUUAUAACUCUUACUAUUCGGAUCAAGAGAAUCUACAACUGACAUGUAGUCAGCGAGAAGGAAAAGCACCAUUUAUUGAAGGAAUCCUGUCAAUAUUUUGGGGAGUGCGACACCCUAUCCGAUUGAAAAUUCAGGAUGAGAAGCUGAUACCCUCUUUUGUAACCCUGAAGUCAACAGAGAGCGUGGGUUUGUUCCCUAGUAAAAGGGGAAUGACUCGCUGGGGAGAAUUUGACGACCUGCAUCACAUUAGUGGGGAGACACUGAAGUCUGCUGAGGAACAUCCAGACCUCGAGCAAAGUUAUCCAUGUUAUGAAAGCCACACGCUGAAGGCCAGGAGUGAGCAGGAACACGACUGUGCCACCCUGCCCCGGACCAGCAGCGAUGCCGCGGCCGUGCGGAAGAGGACCAAGCUCCCCACAACAACCAGGACAGGAGAAACUCACAGGUUCUCAAUCAAUGGCCACUUCUACAACCACGAGACGUCAGUUUUCACUCCGGCUUUUGGAUCAGAAACCAAAAUAAGAAUCAACAGCCACAUGAGAACCAGACAUGUGAUAGAACAGCUGCUUCGCAAGUUUAAGAUAGAAAACAGCCCCCAUGAAUUUGCACUUUACAUUAUCCAUGCAUCUGGAGAAAAGAAGCAGUUGAGGAGUGGAGACGUCCCCUUGCUGCACAGGCUGCUGCAGGGGCCCUCGGAGAAGAUUGCCAAGUUCUUUCUCAUGGAUGGAGACGUGGAAGAGAUCAGCAGUGAUGUUGCUCAGUACAUUCCAUUUCAUCUUUCCUUUUUGGAAUCAAUUCUGCACAGAAUAAAUGAAGAGGAGAGGCAGGAGAUUCAACAGACAAUCGCAAGGUACCUAAGAGAGAAGACCCUGAUACAGCAACAGCUUCGCAGUCGAACUGUUAGAAAAACGGAGACCACGGUUUGAUGGGAACGGCCCCUGGGGAACAGCCCGGGUGUGUGGAGGGGCAGUCGCUGUGCUGCCUGUUUCUGGGGGCUGGGGCUGAGGAGCACUUCAAGCUCAGGGUGUGCACAGUGAGGGGCUUUCUCCCAAUCAUUAAACAGCUGAAACCGCCCCCACUCCUGCAGCACUGGGAUGCGGGCUGGAACCACCUAAGGAGAUGCACUACAUCCCCCAAAAAACAGAUGCUGAAUCUGGCUUGGAACCUGGGGAAAAAUAUGCCCUGAAAAGCCCAAGGCUUUAAACCCUACUGAUGUACAACCUGUUAACAAGAGGCUGGCAUAGAAAAAUAUUGCAAUAACCACUGCGUUACUAGAAAAUAUGCAAAUUAAGUAUAUGGUUAUCCCUCUAUUAGAGAAAUAUGGAGUUUAUACUAGCAGAAAGCUUUUCGGUAGAGCCAAGUGGCAGAAGACAUUUAUGUAUUUAAGACUGCAGGUAGGAUUUUCACUUAACUUAUAAAAUAUCCAUGCAAGAUGCCUGAAAUUCCACCGGCUUCAGGUUGGCGGAUGCUGAAGCUGCUUAAGCUUUGAGCUACGGUUAGAAAAACGUAACUGGCAGCAUCCCACGUACAAGCUGCUCAGCUCUUGACCAUGAGAGGGAGUUUAUCCCUGAAAUGCCUUGUGAAAUGCAAAGGAAGAACUGUCACUGAACACUGCUGGGUCCUGGAAGGCAUCUCAGUAGUUUUUGCUGUUGAAGUAAGGGAUUCUGUGGUCCUACCAGUGUUUUCUGUGUGAAAGGGAACGGAGAAGUGCUCAGUGAGAGGCUGAGUGUCACAGCCAUGGAGGGCUGGGCUCGUGGCCUCCCCAUGGAUGCAGUUUGAGUCCAGCCUGGCCCCAGGUAGGACACAGCAGCCAGUGCCAGGCCCUAUCUGGUUGAGUUGUGCUGGAUAUUGGAGCUCAAAUUACAGAGAUGCAAAUAAAUUGUGCACAGUUGAUGUUCCUCCUGCAUUAGCCCCUUGUUUUUACCUGGUACCUGUGACUUACCUCAGCUGCCUUUGCCUUGUGCAGGUAACAAACACUAAGGGAGGAAAUGAAUGAGCAGAACGUGUUGUCUACAAAUCAUGUGGAAUAAAUCAAAUUAUAAAACUUUA